AAUACAAUUUUUGUAAUCGAAAUCUAUCCUUGACGACAAGAAAGAAGUGUCGGCGAUAAGUCGUUGGCUUAUUUUAGUUGUUUUUCUAUUACAAAAGUGCAUUUUAGUUAGUUAUUUGCGGCGGGAACAUGUUAAAUGCAUGUUCAUCAAUUGGAUAAUAUAAAGUUCAACUUUCUAGUUUAGUAAUACAACGAAAAUUGUAUUCUUAUUUCGGCUAAAAUCAACGUGAAUCGGGCGUCGACCGGUCCAUCCCUUCUACCCGUAACCGUCGCCUGCUGUCAGUCGUUCGCUAUCGUCAUUUUGUACGAAUCAGCGCCGUCCGCGACACGGCAAACGCGAGGCAAGAGAACAACGCCGUGUGAUAGCAAUAAGUAGAAACGUGUGUUGUGGUGUGCCGGUCUUAGUGACCGUUUAAUGUGGUAUCUAGUGUCGGUGUUCAACUGUCGUACAGGCCGCGCGGCGUGAUCAGGCGGCGCGAUGGUGGACAUGGAUAGGAACGACCCGGAGCUCCGGUACUUGUCGGUGGAUAGGAACAGCUUCAACGACCCCGCCACACAGGCAGAAUGGACGCAGAAGAGACUAGUUUGGGUGCCCCACGAGACCCAGGGUUUCGUGGCGGCUGGGAUCAAGGGGGAGCGUGGGGAUGAAGUGGAAGUGGAGAUAGCGGAGUCAGGAAAGCGUAUCCUUGUUCCUAUAGAUGAUAUUCAGAAGAUGAAUCCCCCAAAAUUUGACAAAGUAGAAGACAUGGCAGAGCUGACCUGUUUGAAUGAGGCGUCUGUAUUGCACAACAUCAAGGACAGAUACUACUCUGGACUGAUCUAUACAUACUCCGGUCUCUUCUGUGUAGUGGUGAACCCCUACAAGAAGCUGCCCAUCUACACGGAGAAGAUUAUGGAGAGGUAUAAGGGGAUAAAGCGGCAUGAAGUACCUCCCCAUGUGUUCGCCAUCACAGACACUGCCUACCGUUCUAUGUUACAAGAUCGAGAGGACCAGUCAAUUCUUUGCACAGGAGAAUCUGGUGCUGGUAAGACAGAGAACACGAAGAAGGUGAUACAAUACCUCGCGUACGUCGCCGCAUCAAAACCCAAGGGAUCUGGAGCGGGACCGUCGCCACAGUUGAUUAUAGGUGAACUGGAACAACAGCUGUUACAAGCUAACCCCAUAUUAGAAGCCUUCGGUAACGCCAAGACUGUUAAAAACGACAACUCUUCUAGAUUUGGUAAAUUCAUUAGAAUAAACUUCGACGCGUCAGGUUUCAUAGCGGGCGCGAACAUCGAAACGUAUUUACUCGAAAAGUCAAGAGCUAUCAGACAAGCGAAAGACGAGAGAACAUUCCACAUAUUCUACCAGCUCCUUGCCGGUGCCACGACGCAGCAGAGAGCUGAGUACAUCCUAGAGGACCCCAAGAGCUAUCCAUUCCUAUCCAAUGCUGCACUCCCCGUCCCUGGUAUCGACGAUGCAGCCGAGUUCCAGGCCACCAUCAAGUCCAUGAACAUCAUGGGCAUGAACAACGAGGACUUCAACUCGAUAUUCAGGAUAGUCUCAGCAACUCUACUCUUCGGCUCCAUGCAGUUCAAGCAGGAGAGGAACUCCGACCAGGCCACGUUGCCUGACAACACAGUCGCGCAAAAGAUCGCGCAUUUACUUGGUCUUUCCGUCACAGAAAUGACUAAGGCGUUCCUCAAACCUAGAAUCAAAGUGGGUCGCGACUUCGUCACGAAAGCUCAGACCAAGGAGCAGGUGGAGUUCUCAGUGGAAGCUAUCGGCAAGGCUUGCUACGAGCGCUUGUUCAGAUGGCUCGUGAACAGAAUCAACCGCUCCCUCGACAGGACCAAGAGACAAGGAGCGUCCUUUAUCGGUAUUCUCGAUAUGGCUGGUUUUGAAAUCUUCGAGCUCAACUCCUUUGAGCAGCUCUGCAUCAACUACACCAACGAGAAGCUCCAGCAACUCUUCAACCACACUAUGUUCAUCUUAGAACAAGAAGAGUACCAACGCGAAGGUAUCGAGUGGAAGUUUAUCGAUUUCGGUCUCGAUUUGCAACCGACCAUCGACUUGAUCGACAAACCUAUGGGAAUAAUGGCUUUGUUGGACGAGGAGUGCUGGUUCCCCAAGGCUACUGAUAAGACGUUUGUUGAGAAGCUGGUGUCAGCACACUCCGUCCAUCCCAAGUUCAUGAAGACUGACUUCCGUGGAGUUGCGGACUUCGCGAUUAUUCACUACGCUGGCAAAGUAGACUAUUCCGCAGAGAAAUGGUUGAUGAAGAAUAUGGACCCUCUGAACGAGAACGUCGUGUCCCUCCUCCAGUCAUCUCAGGAUCCGUUCGUGUGUCACAUCUGGAAGGACGCGGAGAUCGUGGGCAUGGCGCAGCAGGCGAUGACGGACACACAGUUCGGUGCGAGGACCCGCAAGGGCAUGUUCAGAACAGUCUCUCAAUUGUACAAGGAACAGCUGACCAAACUGAUGGCGACGCUAAGGAACACUAACCCGAACUUCGUAAGGUGUAUCAUUCCCAACCACGAGAAGAAGGCUGGAAAGAUCGAAGCGCCUCUAGUUCUCGACCAGUUACGUUGCAAUGGUGUGCUUGAAGGUAUCAGGAUCUGCAGACAAGGUUUCCCCAACCGUAUUCCCUUCCAGGAGUUCAGACAGCGCUAUGAGCUGCUGACUCCUAACAUCAUACCGAAAGGUUUCAUGGAUGGAAAGAAGGCUUGUGAGCAGAUGAUCGAGGCUCUAGAGUUAGAUCACAAUUUGUACCGCGUCGGUCAGUCCAAGAUCUUCUUCCGGGCUGGUGUACUGGCACAUCUUGAGGAGGAACGGGACUACAAGAUCACUGACUUGAUAGUCAACUUCCAAGCGUUCUGCCGAGGCUACCUUGCUAGGAGAAACUACCAGAAGAGACUGCAACAGCUGAACGCUAUCCGUAUCAUUCAGAGGAACUGUGCCGCCUACCUCAAGCUUCGCAACUGGCAAUGGUGGAGACUGUACAUCAAGGUCAAACCCCUUCUAGAAGUGACGAAGCAAGAAGAGAAGUUGACACAGAAGGAGGACGAGCUCCGUCAGAUUCGUGAGAGAUUGGACACCCAGGUGAAGAGAUGCCAGGAGUACGAGCAGAAGUACCAGCAGGCCAAUGCUGAGAAGACACAGUUGGCUGAACAACUACAGGCUGAGUUGGAGUUGUGCGCGGAGGCGGAGGAGUCCCGCGCCCGGGCCGCGGCACGCAAGCAGGAGCUGGAGGAGCUGCUGCACGACCUGGAGGGACGCAUCGAGGAGGAGGAGGAACGGUGCAACGCGCUGCAACAGGAGAAGAAGAGGUUGCAGCUUAACAUACAGGAUCUGGAGGAACAGCUGGAAGAGGAGGAAGCUGCCAGACAGAAGCUGCAGCUGGAGCGCGUGCAGUGUGACUCCAAGAUCAAGAAGCUGGAGGAGGACCUCGCACUCAGCGACGAUACCAACCAGAAACUUGUCAAGGAGAAGAAGAUCUUAGAAGAGCGUGCCAACGACUUGUCCCAGGCACUGGCCGAGGAGGAGGAGAAAGCGAAGCACCUCAGCAAGCUCAAGACCAAGCAGGAGUCCGCAAUCGCAGAGCUUGAGGAGAAACUUCUUAAGGAUCACCAAAUGCGUCAAGAGACGGACCGUGCCAAGCGGAAGCUGGAGACGGAACUGCAGGAUGUCAAGGAACAGCUCACUGAGAGGAAGGCGCAGCUUGAAGAGUUGCAGAUUGUGCUCACAAAGCGCGAGGAAGAGUUAGCGUCUGCAAUAAGUCGCGCGGACGAGGAGAGCGCGGCGCGCGCGGCGGCGCAGAAGGCCGCGCGGGAGGCCGAGUCCGCGCUCGCAGACGCGCACGAGGACCUCGACGCCGAGCGCGCCGCCAGGACCAAGGCAGAGAAACUGCGCAGGGACCUCAACGAGGAACUGGAGGCACUCAAGAGUGAAUUGCUGGACUCGCUCGAUACUACAGCUGCCCAACAGGAGCUCCGUACAAAGCGCGAGCAAGAAGUAGCAGUCCUGAAGCGCAGUCUGGAGGAGGAGGCCGCGGCCCACGAGGCCAGCCUCGCAGACCAGAGGCACAAGCACUCCCAGGAACUACAACAACUCAACGAACAACACGACCAGCUCAAGAAGACUAAGGCCGCUCUGGAGAAAGCCAAACAAGUAUUGGAAGCCGAGAAUGCGGACUUGGCGACGGAGCUGAAGAGCGCGAGUGCCGCGCGGGCCGAGGGCGAGCGAAGACGGAAGCAGGCUGAGGCACAGUUACAAGAGAUUGCGGCCAAACUGCAGGAUGUAGACCGUGUCAGGUCGGAGCUGCAGGAGAAGUGCACGCGCCUGGCGAGCGAGGCCGAGGCGGCCGCCGGCCAGCUGGAGGCGGCCGAGCUCAACGCCUCCGCCGCGCACAAACACUCCGCCACGCUCGGCGCGCAGCUCGCAGAGGCACAGGCGCUACUAGAAGAGGAAACGAAACAAAAAUUGUCUCUACAAACCAAACUGCGCAACAUCGAGCAACAACUGGAGCAAGCCAGGGACCAACUCGAGGAAGAGGAGGAGGCCAAGAAGAACUUGGAGAAACAAGUAACAGCGUUGACCCAACAAGUGGCGGACGCUAAAAAGAAGGCGGAAGAAGAAGCAGAGAAUGCGGCCGCGCUCGAGGAACAACGCAAGAAGCUCAGCAAGGAUGUCGAGGCAUUACAUCGACAGAUUGACGAGCUGCAACAGGCUAACGACAAGCUUGAUAAGAGUAAAAAGAAGAUCCAGGCGGAAUUGGAAGACACAAACAUUGACCUGGAGGCCCAGAGAGCCAAGGUUAUGGAGCUCGAGAAGAAACAGAAGAGCUUUGAUAAGGUGGUAUCAGAAGAGCGUGCAAUAGCAGAGCGUUACGCGGCGGAGCGUGACGCGGCCGAGAGGGACGCCCGGGACAAGGAGACUCGCGUACUCUCACUCACUAGGGAACUUGACACUGCUGCAGAGAAGGUCGAAGAACUAGAACGCACAAAACGCCUCCUGCAAUCAGAGCUAGAUGAGCUAGCCAACACGCAAGGCACCGCGGACAAGAACGUACACGAGCUGGAGAAGGCCAAGCGAGCCCUGGAGUCACAAGUAGCUGAACUGAAGGCACAGAACGAGGAGAUCGAGGACGACCUGCAAAUCACUGAGGACGCUAAACUACGCCUCGAAGUCAAUAUGCAGGCUAUGCGAGCUCAGUUCGAAAGGGACCUUCAGGCUAAGGAGGAACAGGGCGAGGAGAAGCGGCGCGGUAUAGUGAAGCAGCUGCGAGACCUGGAGGCAGAGCUGGACGACGAGCGCAAGCAGCGCGCUGCAGUACUCGCCAUGAGGAAGAAACUUGACGCAGACCUCAAGGACGCUGAGCAGGCACUACAUCUCGCCAACAAGGUGAAAGAAGACGCAGCGAAGCAAGUGAAGAAGUUGCAGCAGCAGUUGAAGGAGGCGGCGCGCGAGGCCGAGGAGGCCCGCGCCGGCCGCGAGGAGGCCGCCGCCGCCGCGCGGGAGGCCGAGCGCCGCGGCAAGGCGCUGGAGGCCGAGGCACUCGCGCACGCCGAGGAACUCGCCGCCGCCGACCGCGCGCGCCGCCAGGCCGAGGCCGAGAGGGACGACCUGCUCGACGAGCUCAAUAACUCCUCCUCCAAGAGUACACUUCUCAUCGACGAGAAGAAGCGACUGGAGGCACGGAUAGCAGCGCUCGAGGAGGACCUGGAUGAGGAACAGUCCAAUAAUGAAAUCCUCAACGACAGGCUUCGGAAAUCACAGAACCAAAUCGACCAGCUUACAAUGGAACUGGGCACAGAGAAGUCUGCCACGCAGAAACUGGAGAGCGGCAAGUUAGUACUGGAACGGCAAAACAAGGAACUCAAGGCCAAGCUCGCAGAGCUGGAGACUGCCGCCAGGACCAAGACCAAGGGCGUGAUAACUUCCCUGGAGCUGAAGGUGGCUAACCUGGAGGAGCAGUUGGAGGCAGAGUCCCGCGAGCGACUGGCGCAACAGAAGGCUUCGCGCAAGUUGGACAAGAAGAUGAAGGAACUCGCGCUGCAACUGGACGAGGAGAGGAGGCAUGCUGACCAGUACAAGGAACAGAUUGAGAAGAUGAACGUCCGCGUGAAGGCUCUGAAGCGUCAACUAGACGAGGUGGAGGAGGAGGUACAGCGCGAGAAGGUCGGGAAACGUAAGGCGCAGAGAGAACUCGAAGACAUGCUCGAGACACACGAGACUCUCACGAGGGAGUGCAACAACCUGCGCAACAAGCUCAGACGGCAGGGCGGCGGCAUCGGUCUGUCGGGCGCGUCGUCGUCGUCCCGCAUGAAGCGCACGUCGCUGGCGCCGGGCGCGGGCUCGGGGGACGAGUCCUUCGACGACGUCAACGACACCACCAACAGCGUCGAGUAACUCCACACUCGUCACGUCACGGAACGCUCGCCACUACACGACUCAACCGUCACGUUGAUGUACAGACGUGUCACGUUAGCAAUAACUUAGUAUCUGCCCCGCGCGCCGCAGUACGUCGCUUCCAAGUGAUGUACUGCGGCGCGCGGGCAGUGCCGAGCGAGGCCCGGUGACGUCACGCUACGACCGCGUAACACUACAUGUAAUAGCACAUGUGACGUAAUGUCUUCUCUCACUAUUUUAUUCGGGUCGUUUUAAAUCCAUAACAAAGUAAAAUCAUCGUCAUUCAUCAAAAUAUGUGUAAAUGCGACACCGUUCUAAUUUAUGUAAUACAUUUCCAAAAUAUAAAUUUUGGUUACUGUGAAUUCGUCACAGUGCCUUAUUUCGUAAGGAUAGCAAAAAAUUGAAACCAUGAUAAGAAUAAAUUAAUUAAUUACAUUAUCCUUCUAUCGCACCCAGACGAAUGACACCUUAACGAAUCUCGCUUGAAGUAUUCCACCCUUCUCGCCCAUAUGUGCGAUUUUUUUAAAAGAAAAACUGGCAAAAAUUACAUAAAAGCAGGAUUUGUGACCAAUCUACAACAACUUUUACCUUCCUGUGAUGCGUUUAUGUAUAUUUUAGUGCACGUGACGAAUUUACUUUGUGACGAAUUUGCAACAACCCUUUUUCAAGUAUUCUAAACUGUCGUCCAAAUGCACGCGUUCUAUGUACAACAAUAAUCCAAUGAAGUCAGUUCCAAGCUGAGCGCUGGAGUGUUGUGGUACACCCACUCAAGCUAACAGCUCGAGGGGUAGGCAGGAAUAUUAUCAAUAUGCCACACAUAUUGCUAAUAUUUUGUUUUAUACAAUGAACUAUGUCAAACGUGAUUAACAUCAGUUUAGUGACUAUUUGACUUUAGGCUAAGUAGUUAUUUUUGAAAUUUUAUUGUUAUUUCUUUAUAACUGUUCUAUCUUUGUCGACGUACUUAAUUACCGGAGAAUACAUUUGUUCAUAUGAUGCUCUUACAUGUAGCUCUAGUAUAUUACAAUCGUAUUUUUGUAUAUAAAUCUUGGGUGAGGCAUUAUGGUAUUGUAAAGCCGUGUCAGAUUGAACUAGCCAGGAUGCGAUGUAGGAGUUGUACAUUAGCGAUACAAACUUACGAUUGUAUGCGUGUGGCCCUCGAGUCAAUGUAAAUCGAGUUAAUGUAUGGAUAUAGCGAACAGCUGAGAACGCAUAGGCUUUUGUAUCUAAUAUACGUUUUCUUUCAUUGUAUAAUAUUAUUAUAUAUUAUGUACGUGAAAUUUUAAUAUCAUUAUGAAAUAUUUUGAGUACAUUUUUUCAGUUUUAGAUGUAUGAAUAUGUACGCUAAUUUAUAUGUCAAUAUAAUAGUUUUACAAAUGCAUGAAAAAUGAAGGAGUAGUAUAUUCGUUCCGAGUUACAGGCCGCGCACCGCGAGCAACCUAUGGCGUACAGGUUCCUACGUCUAGAACUAUCACGCGGGUGCUCAAUUUACACUAAACAAAUACUGCAUUUAAACAGUCGAAUCUCUCAACACAAUAGCAAUUGGUGAUAAUACCCAUCCCAGUAUUAAACUAUACAUUCCUAACAAUCGAGAUUUUCAUUUUGCCCAGACCAUGUUGGACGGGUAGAUUGUUAAAUUACUCAUUGGGUGAUAUUUGUAAUGAAAUUUUUUAAAGUAUUAUUAAAAUGUGGCAAAAUAUUACUUAUCUGAUUGCAUUUAAACGCGACUGAGUAACCAAGACUGUUGUUGCGAUAUCUGAGUCCCCCUCCAUUGUCAAUCGUACCGUUUGCGAGAUCUACCGCGUCACCGCUGAGCACACUCCGUCUCCACGACUCCAGUAUGUACUACACCGCACCGCCACUACUGCCGCCUCCACUCGUGUCUCCGUCGAGUGUGCUCGGUGCUCGACACCUACAAUGUAAAUAUAUCAGUGUGCGUCACUGAGCGCUUAGUUGCCAUACAAAUUUUAAUGAUAGUUAUAAGUAAACAUGUGAGCUUUCAUGUAAUGGGGUGUGACGCCGUGCUCGACGGAAACAUAGUUGACUUAACCACACACUUGCAGUCGGCUCAGUUUUUUGAAAAUAACAUUGAGCACAAAAUAUAAUAAUUUU